AUGAUAACAGAAUUUGAAAAAUUAUUUUGGAAGGUUUUUAAAAAUAAAUAUUUAAUAGGUUUAAUAUUUGAAAAUGUAAAAUGUAUGAAAUUAUCAUUUUUAGAUGAUAAUAAAUUUUAUUUGGGUAAUAGAAUACUAUUUAGAUUUAUAAGAUCACUUUCAUGGAUUACAAAAAAGAGACAAUGGCCUCUAUUAAAAGAUAAAUUAUUAAGUAAUGAAUUCAUUAUAAUAAAGAGAUCAGGUAUUUGUAGAUUUUUAAAAUAUUGUAAAGAUAUUGAUAAUGAUGAAGAAAUCAUUAAAUUAUUAUAUGAAAAAAAAAAAGAUCAAUUAAGUCAAGUUGAUUUAAUAUCAGAAUCAGAUGGUAUUAAAAUAUUAGAAUUCUUAAUAAAUGAAAGAAGUGAAGGUUGUUCAAAAGAUCUUGAUAUAUUUUCAAUUGUAAAUAAUAUUGAAUUCCUUGAAUAUCUUUCAGAUAGUAUUAAUAAAAUUUUUAAAUCCAACAAUAAUAAUAAUAAUAAUAAUAAUAAUAAUAAUAAUAAUAAUAAUAAUAAUAAUAAUAUUAAUAAUAAUAAUAAUAAUAAUAAUAAUAAUAAUAAUAAUAAUAAUAAUAAUAAUAAUAAUAAUAAUAAAAAUAAUAAUGAUUUUAAAUUAAUGAGAUUUAGUAAAUUUAUUAUGAUUUCAAAUUUAUGUUCAGAAGAAUUACAGAUGAAAUUAAUUGAUAGAAAAUUAAUAGAAUGUGAAGAUUUAAAAAUGAUAAAUGACUUAAUUUCAUAUAAUUUCAAAAUUUUAAAUAAUUUUAAUGAAUUUAAAAUGUUACCGAAUUCAUUUUUUCAUUAUUUCGAAAGUUAUUAUUGUGGUGAUGGUGGUAAUAGUAGAAAACAGCUUUAUAAACAUUGUGCAAUUUCUUAUUGUUUAUUUAAAAGAUACCUAGAAUUUGAUAGUAGUGAUGAAAGAAAUAAAUUUUCAUUUAAUAUAGUUGAAUUCUUUGAAAUUGCAAUUAAUUCAUACUCUUUAAGUACUUUUUGGAAUUUUGAUUUUAGAAAAUUAAAUUUAACUUUACAGGAGAAAUAUGAAAUUUUAAAUAUUUUUAUAAAUUUUAAAGUCGAUAAUUCAAAUCCAUUGGAAAAGAAAUUAAAUAAUUUGGAAAAAAUAAUAAAUGUAUUAUAUCCUUUUCAAGUUGUAGAAUCACCACUACCUCAAAUUGAAGAAGUUUAUAAAUUCUAUAAUUAUUUAAAAUCAAAUUAUAAUGUUAAUAAUUUAAUUAAAAUAAUUCAAAGUUAUUAUCAUUUGAAUAUAAUUAAAGAUGGAAAUUUAAAUUUAUUAAAUUCAUUUUUAAAUAUAUUUAAAGAUGAAAUUAAAGAUUCCAAUUUCUUUUUUGAAAAUGAUAAACUUUUAAUAAAUCAAGAUUAUUUUAUUAAUUGUAAGGAUAAUAGUAAUAAAGUUUUAUUAUUUUUAGAUAGAUUAUUAGAAAUUAAAGAAUUUAUAAAUAGUGAUAUAAUAUAUUCAAAAUCAUUCCUUCAAUCAUUAAAAUUAUCAUUAUUUCCAAUUAGUAAAGAGGAUUUUUUAAAUUCAUUAUUAAAAUUAAAACAACACUUUAAAUUAACUCAAUCAUUACCACCAUCACCAUCUUUAUCAAUUAAAUUUAAUUAUUUUAGUGAUUUAAUAUUUAAUUUAUUAAUUGAUAAUAUCAAUGAUAAAUUAUUUAUAAGAAUGAUAAUAGAAUCAUUUAUAAAUUAUUUACAUAAUGAUAUGGUUAUUCAAAUUUUAGAUAAAUUAGUUGAAAUUGAUUUUGAAUCAUUUUCUUUAAUAUUAAAUUCUUUGGGUAAUGAUUAUAAGAUUAAUGAAUCAUUAUUAAAAUAUAAAAUUAAAGUAAAUUCUUCAAUUAAAAUUUUAAUUUCAUCAUUAAAAUGGUAUAAAUAUUUAGAUUUUACAUAUUUAAUUGAAGAUUUAAUUAUAAAUUCAAAUGACGGUGGUAGUGAUGAUGAUGGUUCAAGUGAAAUUAAAUUAGAUUUACAAUUAAUUGAAGAAAUAAUAAAUUUACAAAUUAAUAAUGAAAUGUAUCAAUCUAAACCAAUAUCGGAUUUGGUAGUUGAUCAGUCAUUAAACUUUAUGAAUGAUUUAUUUGGUGGUGGUGAUGAUUUUAAAUAUAUAUCUUAUAAUGCAACAAAGUUUGCAUUAAAUAAAAGAAUGUUCAACUUAUUAGAAUUAUUUUAUAAACCAAAAUAUAAAAAAUCAUUCCAUUGGGAUGAGGAAUUAUUUUCUUAUCCUCCAAUUUUACCAAACCCAACCUCAUUUCAACAAGAUAAACCACAACAACUACAACCAUAUCAACAAAAUCAAAAGAUUGAAAAAGAAGAGAAAGAAAUAAAAAAACUAAAUAAUGCACAAAAAACAAAAGAAAUUAAUAUUAAAUCAAAAUCAAAAACUAAUACUGAAUUAAAUAAUGAAUUAAAACAAAUUCAAAGUUAUUAUUUUAUUGAUGAUUCAAUUAUGUUAUUGGAAUUGGGUGAAGUAAGAGAUGCUCUUUUCUAUUUUAAGAAAUAUGGUAAAAAUGAUUUGAAAAGUUUAAGUACAAUCAACCUAAAAAAGAUAAUCAAAGCCUAUGAAAUGGAAAUUGUGGCCCAAUAUAUUUCUUUGUACCUCUCAUAUUUUGGAAGAACUGUUACAACUGACCUAUUAUACUAUUCAUUAAAAAAGGGCAGAAUUGAUGUUUACCAAUUCCUUUACAAUUAUAAUUCCAACUUUAAAAUGAUUGAUCAAUAUUUUUAUACGAAUCUAGCUAAAAGAGGUGACAUACCAAUGAUUAAAUUUCUAUUAUCUCAAGAUACAUUCACUAAUUUAUCAAAUAAUAGAAAAAAUGAAAUAAUUAAUCAACUUUUAACAAUAGCCAUUGAAUUGGGUAAUAAUAGUCUUUUAAAUUGGUUAAACACUCUACCCUCAUGA